AUGCAAUUCUCGAACCUUGCAAUCCUUUUUUCGCUCUCAGUAGCAACUCUCGCAGCACCAAUCGAUACAGUCAUACGUGCUGCCACAAAAGCCACAAGUGCUAAUGUUCUUACCGCGGGAGACUACAGUACUUUCCAAGUCUCUGACGGUGUAGCCGGAGAUGCUCUAGCGGAAGUUAAUGCCAAAUUUCCUAUCGACACCUCAAACUUCGCCGGUGUCUCCGCUGCUGAUCUAGCUAUAAUAACCAAAGCUGCUAAGAUUUCCGAGGAUGCUGAAGUAAGCACUGGUGGUUUCAACGAUGCGAUUGAUGCUGCAGGUGGAGCGAGUUCUACUGCUGGUGCUACGUUGCAGGUUGGGAAGGUCAAGAAUAAGGUUUUGAAAUUACAGACGGAUGUGUUGAGGAUUCAGAUCCAGACGGCACAGGGAAAUGCUGGGAGCGCGACUGAACUUGCAACACAGCAAAAGAAGUUGGCGACGAAUGUUGCGUUGGAUGUUGCGCAAGCGGGGAAGACUAGCCAGAGUAUUAGUUUCUCGGGGACAGAUUAA